AUGUGGUGGACCGUAUGGGAGGGUAGUGCCAGCGCAACACGUGGCGGACGUAUUGAAACAGCGUAUAUGGACGGUGAGCGACGCCGUGUAAUAAUAGAUACUGACCUCCACUGGCCUAACGGAUUGGUGUACGAUGUCAAUACUCAAUUUCUUUAUUGGUGCGACACUUACUUGAAUAAGAUCGAACGCGUGCGCGUAGCCAACUCAGGUGACGUGGUUACGGGGACAGCUCGCGAAUUGUUAGCAGUGAAUUCGGCUAGACUGCCGCUGUCAAAACCCUAUGGCCUUGCUUUGCGAUCAGGCGAAGUGAUAUGGAGCGAGCACGGCACUGGACUAGUACGUAAGCUGCGCGGCAACGGCGCGAUUACUGUACGAGCUUUCCCGCCACCUCUGUAUGACAUACGCUUUGUAUCAAAUACCACUAGAACCGGAUCCAAUGCGUGUACGCACAACAAUGGAGGUUGUUUAGAGCUAUGCCUGGCCCAGAAGGACGAACAUACGUGCGCGUGCGGAACCGGACGCGUGCUCGCCGCGGACGGACGUACGUGCGUGGCCACGCCUCAUGAUACAGCACAUGUUUGUCCCCCUAAACAUUUUCAUUGCGGCCGAGGACGAUGUAUCGACGGAUCACUUGUGUGCGACGGCGACGCGGACUGUCCAAACGGAUCGGAUGAAAACGCUUCGCCUACCGGACCCUGUGCAAACAUGACCUGCGACGCCGAGCAUUAUAUGCAGUGCGAUGCGAACCGUUGCAUACCUAAAGGUUGGAUCUGCGAUGGAUUUAAAGAUUGUCGUGAUGGGUCUGACGAAAGCGGUGCAUGGUGCGCGCGCGUUGAAUGCGGUGCCGCGCAGUUCGCGUGCGCACGUUCGAGACGUUGUCUCCCUGCCACUUGGCGGUGUGAUGGCGCACCAGAUUGUGGCCCACAAGAUCGCAGUGACGAGCAAAAUUGCGAAUCCGUGGAAUGUUCAAGCGUAAUGUUCAAAUGUACGAAUGGGGCGUGUGUGCCAUGGGAGUACUACUGCGAUGGACACGCAGAUUGCGCAGACGCAUCUGAUGAGGUAGCCUGUCGUGGACCAGCACGCCACACGACGACCACGACCGCUACGCCCGCACGACGCAGGGGUCACACGGGCCAAGAAGAUCGCGGGGGCCUAUGUGAGCCCCAUGAGUUCCAGUGUAAUAAUGGAGAGUGUAUUCGACAGGAGUUUAGAUGUGAUGCUCGCGUAGAUUGCCUCGAUGGCUCUGAUGAAGCGGGUUGCGGGGGGAUGUCUACACCCGCUCCAGUAGUGACUACAACCUCGGUUACCAUGGCAACCCCGGUAGAUGAUUGCGUUUGGCCGGCUCUGCGAUGCGAUAAUGGAACUAGAUGUGUGCCGCUCUUACAAUUGUGUGAUGAUGCUACCGAUUGCGCUGAUGGUGCUGAUGAAGCUGAUCGAUGCGGAGAACCAAUGUGUGUGGCGAACGGCCCGUGUUCCCAUACCUGUCAGCCAACACCCAGUGGGCCUGCUUGUACGUGUCCACCUCACUUGCACUUACAACGUGACCGACGGACAUGUGCGCCUAACCACUUGUGCGAAGAGUGGGGCGUUUGCAGUCAGACGUGUCAGCCGCAGAAGAACAGAUACCGCUGUACCUGCUAUGAGGGAUAUCGGCUAGCUGAUGAUGGAUUUACGUGUAAAAGUACAGAGAGCACCAGCGCUAUGUUAGUCUUCAGCAACAGGCACGAACUGCGCGCGGUAGAACUUGGCUCUUUAGCCUCACGCGCGCUAGUCUCUGCUCUAAAGAACACUAUAGCCCUCGAUUGGCGACUGGCGGGACCAGAACGAAGGGUUCAGCUUUUCUGGACGGACGCGGUUGACGAUACUAUAUACAGGGGAACUAUAGUUGACAAUGCACUUGGAGACAUCACACCAGUAGUUCAGAGGGGUUUGUUGACGGCUGAAGGGUUAGCUGUGGACUGGGUGGCUGGUAAUUUGUACUGGGUGGAAAGCGGUCUCCAUCAAAUAGAAGUGUCAAGAGCUGAUGGCCAGCAUCGACGGACUCUGCUCGCCGGUGAUAUGGAUAGCCCCAGAGCUAUUGCGCUCGAUCCUACUAAGGGUUUUCUCUUCUGGAGCGAUUGGGAACAAAGUGCGCCGCGAAUCGAACGUGCAACACUAGCCGGACGCGAUCGUAAACGUAUAGUACGCGUCGAAUCAACGGGCGAGGGCGCAUGGCUUAACGGAAUCGCUCUAGACCACCGUGCAGAGAGACUUUAUUGGAUCGACGCACGCUCAGAUUCCAUACAUACGGUUACGUACGCGGGCGAGGACAUACGCGAAGUGUUACGCGGGCACGGGGCCUUGUCACACCCAUUUGCGGUCACCGUGUUUGAAUCGCACGUGUAUUGGACUGAUUGGCGAAGUAACAGCGUCGUGCGUGCCAAUAAGUGGAACGGGUCUGAUGUUACCGUCGUACAGCGGACUCUAACUCAGCCUUUUGACCUUAAGGUGAUUCACCCCAGUAGGCAGCCGGCUAAUCUCAUCAAUCCAUGCGGCGUCAACAACGGGAAUUGCUCUCACCUUUGUCUCAUAGAUACACCCGAACAACGCGUCUGCGCAUGUCCGCACUUAAUGAGGCUUACUGCUGACAAUCUUACUUGUGAAGCGGAAAAACAACUAUUGCUGGUAGGCGUGAGCGGGGCUGUACGCGGUCUUGCUCUAGCAGGCGCCUUAGCACAAGUAGCGCCCACAUUGGCUGGGCCGCAAUUAACCACGCCCGCAUCUCUACAAGUUUUCACUCCCGAACACGCCGUGUACUGGGCAGACACAGAUACAAAUGAGAUUAAAAGAGCCGACGUGCGAGGCGGUAACGUCGUUGUUAUCGCCGAUAGUGGGGUAUCACAGCCGCGUGCACUUGCAGUACAAUGGUCAGCGCGGAUUUUGUACCUAUGCGCACGUAACACGCUCGCUGUGGCCGGUCUACGUGGUGAGCGACUUACGCCUUUAUACGCUGAACAGUUUAACGUAAGUGCCCUAGCAGCGCACCCGCACACGGGCGACAUCUAUUGGGCGGCGCAGGCUAACGGAGGUGAACGUAUCGAGAGCGCAAGGGGUGAUGGCAGCCAGCGUCGUGUGUUGAUCGACUCUAACAACGAUGCCCACCUCGCAGGCGUUACGAGUAUGACCCUAGAUGUUGAUAAGGAUUUAUUGUAUUGGGUGAACACAGCAUCAGCCAGUAUUCAGUAUUUGGAUCUAAAAACAAACAAGGCGACUACGUUAGCGCUACCGAUGGGUGCACGUCCAACUGCCGUAGAGGUGUACGCGGGCGAAAUCAUUUGGGCGGAUUCGGCUACGGGCGCACUUAUAGCCUGUGCCCAACGAGAUUGUGCAAAAUUACGUAUACUCCGGAAUAAUACUGAUGGCGUGAUAUCACUGCGCGUAUACGAUGCGAGUGCGCAAAAUAUAAGCUCCAAAAGCGCGUGCGCGAAUCGUGGACCAAAAGAACAAUGUGCGCACUUGUGUUUGCCCGUGUCGCGUACUAAAUCAGUAUGUCGCUGCGCUCUGGGAUAUCGCCAGAACGGAACUACUUGUACACCUAUCGAACCUGCAUUAAUUUACUCACUAAGCUGGGAACUACGAGGUGUUUCCCUGACGGGUUCAGUUGAAGAUGCCCUGACGCCUCUGCCACAGGUCACUUCCGCCGCCGCUAUCGACUAUUACGCUAAGGAGGAGUGGUUAUAUUGGGCGGACCCAGAAGCAGGAGCGGUGUGGCGAGUCCAACGAGAUGGUUCCAAACGCCAGAGGGUACUUCAGCAGGCGGAAGGAGGGAAUGAAGAAGGGGGAGACUCUUUAGCGGCGCUGGCCGUGGAUUGGUUAGCGGGGAACUUGUAUUGGAGUGACCCAGCACGAGCGCUUUUAAUGGUUGCCCGGCUUGAUGGGUCACAUCGAUAUGUAUUGAAGGAUACGGACCCAUUUGUUGCUACUACCUUGGCGGUUGACGCGGCACGUGGCUGGCUUUUCAUGUCGGGAGGAGGGUGGAUACAACGGGCCAGACCUGACGCAUCAGAUCCCGCUUUGCUGUACAAUGGGACCGCCGUUGCUCAUAUUGCAAUUGAUACUGAGAACGAGAUGGUAUACUGGGUGGAAUGGUGGGAUGAACCGUCAGUAUGGUGCGUACCAUAUUCUGGUGGUGUUCGACGCAGAGUAUGGCGUGGUGCACCUCUUCAUCGACCAGUCGCUAUAGCAGUUACUGCUGGACAUCUGUACUGGCUUGACACGACGUUAGCUCACGGUAGCGCUGCGCGAGCGCCGAUCUCCAAUUUGAAGAAUUACACUUUGCUAGUUGACAAUGUUGGAGACAGUCUCAAAGAUCUUGUGAUUUGGUCAAGUGCGAACCAAAGCGUAUCGAGUAGUACAAAUGGAUGCGCAAUGUCAUCUGGUUACGGUGGUUGCGAGGCGCUUUGUCUAUGGGACGGAUCACGGGCCCGUUGUGCGUGUCCGCACGGAGAUCUGGCCUCAGACAAUAAGACGUGCAAGCCGUAUUCGUCAUUUAUAAUGUACGCACGCGUGUCCAAGAUAGACAGCAUACACCUUCAGGAUGAGAACAAUCUUAAUUCGCCCUAUCCACCUAUUGAAAACAAGACUCUCAUGCGAAAUUCGAUCGCUUUGGCGUACGAGUAUGAAACGCAAACUUUGCUAUAUUCCGACAUACAACGCGGCUCUAUCAAUAUUGUCCAUUUCAACGGUUCCGGACAUUCAGUAUUGCUUGACAAAUGUGGAGCUGUAGAAGGCAUGGUAGUAUCAUUGACGACGGGUACGUUGUAUUGGACGUGCGCGUCGUGCGGGGCGAUACGCUCAGCGCAGUUGGCAGAAUUAAGAAAGGCUGCACCAGCACAUCGACCUGCCCUUGUACGCACACUGCUACAGUUGACGACCGCUGAUCGACCACGAGCUAUUGAUUACGAUCCUUGCGAACACCGUGUGUACUGGACAAACUGGAACGAAAAGCGUCCGCGUAUUUCUCGCGUGCAUUCAACCGGCCGUGGCGCAUCUGACGUCAUAACGACGGACAUACUGAUGCCCAACGCGCUCGCACUCGAACACGACGCACGCUUACUCUAUUGGGCCGAUGCACGUUUAGAUAAGAUUGAACGCGCCAGAUAUGAUGGAUCGCAUCGACGGAUAGUGACACGCGCCCGUAGCGAACACCCGUACGCUAUAGCAGUGGGGGGAGGAUACGUGUUUUGGACAGAUUGGGUGUCACGCAGCGUGUUAAGGGCGGACAGACGGUCCGGAGUUGCACGUACGCUACGUCGUGACCUGCCAAGACCUUGUGGGAUAGUGCUCAUAGCUCCCAAUCACCAUCAAUGUUCAUUAGACCCAUGCGCAGUAAUGAAUGGUGGAUGCGCAGAGCUUUGUGAGAUAUCAGCUAAUGGGCACGCUACGUGCGCGUGCGAAAACGGUCGCGUACUUGCACGCGAUGGACGUGCGUGUCAUCCUGCUCUUGACGUCUGCCCACACGAUAUGUUUGCUUGUGCUGAAGGUGCCUGCCUGCCUGCUCAACUUGUGUGCGAUGGCGUUAACCAUUGCAGCCCCGAUGCUGAUGCUAGCGAUGAAGAUAUUUACUAUUGCACAUCCCGUACGUGUCCCGAGGACACAAUGUCAUGUGGGGCAGGUGGACGGUGUGUUCCUGCGUCACGUGUUUGCGAUGGCCAUGCAGAUUGUGAUGACGCAGCCGACGAACGGGACUGCGACUGCGCCUCUGAUCAGUACAAAUGCGCUGAUGGUGCGUGCGUAUCUGCAUCUGCACGUUGCGACGGUGCUGCACAAUGCGCGGAUGGAUCAGACGAAGCCGGCUGCGGAGCUGACACCUGUCGAUCUGGCUCCUUGCGCUGCCUUUCUGGCAGCACCUGCUAUCCACCUUCAUCCCGAUGCGAUGGCCACUUCGACUGCGCAGAUGAGAGCGAUGAAGCCGAUUGUCCAGCUGGAAGUACAAUAUCCUUCGAAUCAAACCAGGGUUUUGACACCCAGCCGUUGUUGGGGUGCCAUUCAGGCCAGCAUCGUUGUGGCGGUGCGGGGGCCGUGGAGUGUAUUCCCCUUGCCUGGUUGUGUGAUGGACGUCUGGACUGUACUGAUGGAUCAGAUGAGGCUUCACAUUGCAGAAGCCGUAACGUAACUUCAGAAUGUGUUGGUGGACGCUGCGCAUGCGCACCGGGCUCCUUCCGCUGCGCACAUUCCGCUGUCUGUCUGCUAGCCAGUUUAUACUGCGAUGGAGAUGCGGAUUGCGAAGACGGAUCAGAUGAGCCUCCGGGUUGUUCAGCUCGUUCAACUCCCGUCUCGGGUACUCCAGACCCAUUGGGUACACCAGAUCCGAUAAAUGGCACAGAUAACGUAACAGAAUCAGAAGCGAUUCUUAUGUGUGUGGAACCAGGCGCUAUUUACUGUUCAGGCCGGUGUGUCCCACCCGCAUUGCAAUGUGAUGGGCGGGAUCACUGUCUCGACAGCGGUGGAUCCGGAGCUGGCUCUGAUGAAGAUCCGGUUAUGUGUUCAUCAUACGCUCGAGAAUUCGGUUCCGAGGCAGAAGCGGCGGUAUCACGCGGGACGUGCGGCCGCGGCGAGUGGCGAUGUGGGAAUGGCGCGUGUGUUCUGCAAACCGCACUUUGUGACGGCCUGGACUCGUGCGGAGAUUUUACGGACGAAACACAUUGUAAUAUAGAUGAGUGCCAAGUGGGCAAUGGUGGAUGCGCUCACAACUGUUCGGAGCUAACCGUCGGCCGGGCCUGUUGGUGUCAGCCAGGGUGGAGGAGAAGCGGAGCAGGGGGAGCCGAAUGUCAGGAUGUGAACGAGUGCGCUGAGGAUGAACCCUGCGAACAUCGCUGCAGAAAUUCCAUCGGAAGUUUCAAAUGCUCCUGCACGGCAGGCUAUCGCCUUAUGGAAGAUGGUGUCAGCUGCAUUCCUAUAUCAUCGACAAAGGCGACCCUGAUCUUCACGAACCGGUACUACAUCCGCCGUACGGCCCUCCGCUUGGACAACGACGUAAGCGAGGCCAGCACAUCACUACUCGUGCAUAACCUUACGAACGCUGUUGCCCUGGACGCGUUAUGGGUACGUGGCUGUCUCUACUGGAGCGAUGUGACCCGCCUCGGAAGUUCUAUUAAACGCGUCUGUCGACCUGCUGCCAUACACACUCCUCUAACACCGUUGUUUUACCCUGCACCUACACUGCCAACUCCGUUACGCCCGGACGAGUAUUCCGUGGUAGCCGGUGCGACGCUCCAAAAUCCGGAUGGAUUGGCCGUCGAUUGGGUCGCGGGAAACGUAUACUGGUGCGAUAAGGGAACGGACACGAUCGAAGCGGCAAAGUUGAAUGGACUACACCGGCGUGUAAUUAUCCGCAGUGGAUUGCGUGAGCCGCGGGCGUUGGCUCUACAUCCAGCUGUUGGCCGCUUGUACUGGUCCGACUGGGGCAGUGAGCCACACAUUGGCCGGGCUGGAAUGGACGGCUCGCAGCGUAAAAUUAUCAUUUCAACGAACCUCGGCUGGCCCAAUGCCCUCACCGUGUCUUACGCCUCUAAAGAGCUCUACUUUGCUGAUGCGCGUGAAGAUUACAUUGCAGUCGCUGACCUGGAUGGAAACCAUGUUAGGAUACUGCUCUCUCGAGAUCGUAUGCCAUGGCUUCGUCUCCAUCACGUUUUCGCGAUAGCGGCGUGGGCAGGCCGCGUGUACUGGAGUGACUGGGAGACACGGGCUAUUGAAAGUUGCCGCCGUAGACCUGACAUGAACUACAAUGAAACGGGAGACCAACCGGCGUGGCGUGGAGGUGCUUGGCGAUGCCGCACUGAAGCGCGUGCCGUUCACAAACCCAUGGACUUGCGAGUGCUGCAUCCGGCACGUCAACCACUAUCACCCGAAUUGACCGUGGCGUGUGAGCGACUCAACUGUUCCGGCUUAUGUCUUCUGAGUCCAGCUGAAAAGGACUACGAAGGGGCAGUGGCCCGCUGUGCCUGUCCCGAGCACUGGGCGCUAGAAGCGGAUGGACGCUCUUGUCGACCUAAUUGUACCUCCGCGCACUUUGUGUGUGCGAAGGCACUCAAGUGCAUCCCUUUCUGGUGGAAAUGUGAUACGCAGGACGAUUGCGGCGAUGGAUCAGAUGAACCCGAUUCGUGCCCGGCGUUCCGAUGUUCGCCCGGCCAGUUCCAAUGCACUAACGGGCGUUGCGUGCACCCUGCACACAUCUGUGACGGUGUGCAACAGUGUGGCGACGGAUCCGACGAAACCGACUGCGACCGUUUCACCUGCCUCGCCUCGCAGUGGCAGUGUCGAGGAAACCGAACCGCCGGUGUGACCGCCCGCUGCGUUCCCGCCGCCGCUCGAUGCGACGGUCGCCCCGACUGCCCGGACGGAGACGACGAGCUCGAAUGUCCGCCUCGCACUUGCCCGCCGCAGCACUUCACGUGCGGCAACGGAGCUUGCGUGCCUCUCGUGUGGCUAUGCGAUCAAGACUCUGACUGCGAAGACCGGUCGGACGAAGGUGCCGUGUGCGAAGCCCGACAGUGCGGCCGGGCCGAGUUCCGCUGCACGUCCGGGCGAUGCAUCCCGCGCGAGUGGCUCUGCGAUGGCGAACCCGAUUGUCCAGCGCGCGAGGACGAAAGCGAGUGCCCGGCCCGGGCCGCCUGCGACGCCACCUACUUCCGCUGCGGGGACGGCCGAUGUGUCCCGGGUCGCUGGCGCUGCGAUUUCGAGGAGGACUGCGCGGACGGUUCCGACGAACGGGAGUGCGUGCCACGCGCGUGCAGCGAGUCGGAGUUCCGCUGCAAUAACGGAGAAUGCAUUCGUGGCGCGCUCCGCUGCUCGGGGGCGCCGGAUUGUAGCUCGGGUGAGGACGAAGCGGGUUGUGCUCCGCGAUGUGGUGAAGGUGCUCGGGCAUGCCCCACCGGGGGCGAGUGUCUGCCUGCCGAAUGGUGGUGUGAUGGCGAACCCGAUUGUCCCGACGGAGCCGACGAAGCAGGCUGCAACGCGUCGGUAGGAGCGGACGUAGGCCGGUGCGGGGCUCGUUUGACGUGCGGAUCGCGGUGUGUGCCCGCAGCGUGGCGCUGUGACGGACGCCGGGACUGCCCCGACGGCAGCGAUGAACGGCCUGAGCUCUGCGCCAAUACGGCCUGCACCCCUCCAAUGAUCAGAUGCGGUGACAACACUUGUGUACCUCCUAAUCUGCUUUGUGACGGAAAAUCUGAUUGCGCCGACGGUUUUGAUGAAGAUAAACUCUGUCGUACGUUGGACGCGCAGCUUUGUGAUGAGGAUAGCUUCCUUUGCGAGGAUGGCCGUUGUGUCGCCACAGACGAAACCUGUAACCCAGAUCGCGGGGACUGUACAUGGCGCUCGUGUUCGCAGCUGUGUAUGCACAAACACGCACACAACCACACUUGCAAGUGCGCCUACGGCUACCGACAACGAAUACUGGCCGAUAAGACUGUAACUUGUGAGGCGCAAGGUGAAGCAGCAAGAGUCGCAGUGUGGUCACGCGGUCGUUUACGUGUGUGGGAUUUACACAAACACGAACCGCAUUACGACACACCGCACACAAACAACGAAACCGUGCUCGUGACUUGUGUGACAGCUGCCGCCGUGGAAGGCGUUUGGUGGGCCUGGUGGGGGGACAAUAAGGGUCGCGUGCGCCGGUUACGCUUGGGGUCAUUACAACCGGCCGGGCCGGGUCACGAUCCAUUACUUCCGUGGCCGGACACACCAGCCGACGGCUCGGAGAGCGAGACUGUAGCUACUAUAACCGGUGAAGUCCGCGGUGUGGCCAUAGAUGUUGUUUCUGGACGAGUUUUCUGGACGGCAGUAGAUGGCUCGCGGGGUGCCGUGGCUAGCUCUGCUUUGGAUGGCCGUCGCCGUGUCACACUAUGGGCACAACGUGGGGCGGAGCCUGAUGAUAUUGUCGUUUCAGCUGAUACUGCGGAAAUGUUCUGGUCAGACCGCGGUGCGGAGCCCGGCGUAUACUGUGCAGCCUUGUGGGGUGGGGACGUCCGCCGCAUUGUACGGGCACGUGUCCGUCGCGUCACCGCUCUAGCACUAGACGCCCCCGCCGCCCGACUCUACUUCCUUGACCCAUACAGAGGUGCACUCGAAAGUGUAGCUCUCGAUGGCUCAGAUCGCGCGUUACACUAUUGGUUCCGGCCUCAUGACGCCUCGACACCUGCAGAUCCCAAUGACGCUGUUGUAUUGGAACGAGGAUGUGCGCGACUUGCGAUUUGGGAAGAAUCAGUCUGGUGCGCUGGAGCAAAAGGGCUUGCAGCUUUACCGCGCCGUCCCGCGCCAGGGUCGCGUCUUUCACCACUCUAUAGACAUCGAGCCCCAGUUUCAGCCCUCACUAUUCUGCACCCGCUCGUCCAAUCGCCCCGUGUUGUGAGUGACACGUGCGUAUUGGUUGGAGAGUCCGCGUGUCACGAGAGCGCGGAAUGCGUGCGAGGGCCACGAGGCGCGGCGGCCGCUUGUCUCUGCCCGGACGGCUUACAGCCCACAUCGAGCGCUCCAGACAAGCAGCGCCAAUGCGUAAUAUCAGCCAUUGGUACGCGGAGGAAUGAUACGUGCCCGCGUUCGUGCGGACCGGGCACGUGCGUUACACAGGGCGGGACGGGACGCUGUGUGUGCCCACCAUUAUUUGCAGGGGAACACUGUGAACACUACAGAUGCGCUACGCACUGCAAUCGGCACGGCCGGUGUGAAUUGGACACUGAUAACAACGGAGGAGAGGGAUUGGCCCCGCUCAAAUGUACGUGUUUUGCGGGUUAUGAGGGCUCGCGGUGCGAACAAGUCGUAGACCCGUGUACGUCCCUUCAGUGUGGGGUCGGAGGUGUAUGUGCCCGUGAUUCUCCGCACGAAGCCCAUUGCGCCUGUGCACCGGGAUACACAGGUGCGCGUUGCGAGCACUGUCUGGAUAUGGGAUACGAAGAUUGCCUCUGCCAGGGAAAAUGUCUAAAUAGGGGUGUAUGCCACGUGUUAGAAGGCGCAUGGAUGUGCUCCUGUGUGGACGAAUGGCGCGGUGAGAGAUGCGAAAUACCUUUGAGGGACCACGAUCACGACGUCACUUAUGACCACGACUCGAGGACUGACCACCGCAACAACGCUAUUGGGGGCGACGAUCAUGACUUCAAACCACAUAAAGCUGCAGGUACAGCGUGGUGUCACGGUGGAUGCCUGCAUGGUGGCCGCUGCGUGUCGAUUUCUGGAGGGCCAAGUGUGGGUGCGAGCGAGUCAUGGGCGUGUGCGUGUACGGGCGCGUGGGGCGGUCCCGCCUGCGGACAGUACGUUGGACACGAUCACGCGUGUUUAGCGCUCGCUUGCCCCCCACCUGCCGUUUGUGUGUGGAGACCUACAGAUAAUAUAUCAACUGUGGGAGUAGCGUACUGCGCAUGUUUAGCCGGCGCGAGUUGUACUCGUCCAGGUUCUGCAGACACGACGAGCCCCGUGGGGGGACUGGCUUCAGGCUCAGAUGCAUCUGCAUGGGUCGCUGGCCUAUUUGCCCUACUCGUUAUAGUUGGAGUGCUUCUUCUAGCGAUGUUCCUUAUCAAUAGGAGAAGAAAUGGCGCGUUCGUACACGCGCGUCUCUCAGACAAUGUGGAGAUCAAUAACCCGAUGUAUUUAGCGGGUGAGGAGGAGCGCACAGACAGACAUACACACAGCACACGGAACCACUUUGCCAACCCCGUAUAUGAAACUAUGUAUGAGCCGCAUCAGAUCCCAUUGGAGGAAGAUGCAACGUUGCUAGAACGCGCCGAUGGAUCUCCGCCGCCCGCAGAGGGCGCUGCGUUACUCUGA